AUGGCUCGUAAAUUGAAGGGUAAAAAGGGCAUGAAAGGUUUGAAAGCCGCGCUUUCAAGGCAACAAGCAGACGUAAAAUCUAAAGAAAAAUUGAAAAAAAAGAUAUCGCAUACUCAAAAUAAAGGUCAAUUGACAAAAGAUGUUGUUCGAAAUCAGCAACGGCAACGAGAACAGGCCCAGAAUGUUUUGCCGUUUGAAAAGGAAUCCACGCUAAUGCUUAUUGGCGAAGGUGAUUUUUCGUAUGCUUGUUCGAUCGUUAAGCAGGGCCUCAUUUUACCCGAGAAUCUUAUAGUCACCAGCUAUGACAACUCACCAUCAGAGUUGCAGUUGAAGUAUCCGCACUCGUUCGGGCCAAAUUACAAUAUUUUGAUGGAAAAUCAGGUAAAGGUUUUCUUUAAAACGGACGCAACGAUGCUUGUCAAAUCAUUAAAGAUCACAAAAAAAUCGCCCUGGACCAAGCUUCUGGGACCUGAAUGGCGGAACAAACGUCUUCAGAAUAUAAUGUUCAAUUUUCCGCAUACCGGAAGGGGAAUUAAAGAUCAGGAUAGGAAUAUUGCUGAACACCAAGCGCUCGUGCUUGGAUUUUUCCAAAGCAGCCAAGAUCUUUUUGGCCUUGCUAAUUCGGUGAAUGAGACAAACCUUGCUCAGGACUACUCUAUUUUCAAAGACGACAUGGGGGCCACUACGCAGGAAGAGAAUAAAUGCAGGGUAAUUUUGAGCGUAUUUACUGGCGAGCCUUACGAUUCAUGGCAAAUUAAAAUGCUAGCAAAGAAGUCCGGUUGGAAAGUAGAAAGAUCAAGUCAGUUUUGGUGGGAUCAGUACCCCGACUACCACCAUAGAAGGACAAAUAGUGAACAGGAUACGACGAAACCCGCGUCUGAGAGAAGUGCGCGUGUGUAUAUAUUCGAAAGAUGGGGGGACAGCAGGAAAGCUGCGAAAGAAGCAAAUGAGAAGGGGAACUACGCAAGUGAAUAA